GAAAAGUUAUUCCAUGCCUCCACUGUAUCUGAGUGGAAAUUUCCUUUUUCAUUUUAUUUUUCUUUCUCUGCACAAUUAAGAGAUUGAAGAGAGGGAGAACCCCGAGUCAUAAGGCUUCUGCACAGGAGGUUAAGGAGCUCUACUCCCAACUCCAAAAGAUGUGUAAUUCCUUGAAAAUGGCACUCUCUCUGUCUUCCUUCUUGUUUGUUAGCAUCUUUGCAGAGGUUGAUGAGUGCAAGGAAUCAAGAUGCGCUGUCCAAGGUCCAUCCAUUCGGUUCCCAUUCUGGCUUAAAGACCACCAGCCAGACCACUGUGGCUACCCUGGGUUUAAGCUAUCAUGCUCAGAGAAGAAUCAGACCAUGCUACACCUCUCACACUCAGUAAAACUUUUGGUGAGAAAGAUAGAUUACAAAUCUCAGGAAAUUCUUGUUCAUGAUCAAGAUGAUUGCCGUCUAACACAGUUUUUAAUCCUCAAUUUAUCGUCAUCUCCUUUCCAUUUUCUACAAGAAAAACAAGUAGACUACAGUCUAUUUAAUUGUUCAUCAACUAAAACAGACUCAGAGUUUCAGCCAGUCCCGUGCCUUAGUGUCCCCGCUUACCCAGUUUAUGCUGUUACUUCCUGGGAUCUUAUCCGUUACUUGAACCUAUCUUCUUGCCUCAAGAUUCACAUCUCACUCCCAUAUCAAACGCUUGAGCCGGAAAAUCUUUUUACUAUGAAUUGGGUGAAACCUAUGUGCAAGAGCUGUGAAACAGAAGGCAAGAAAUGCAGACUGAAGAAGAGUAGUAGCGAGGAACCUCACACAGAAUGUAUCAAAGGUGCAUCAAAAACACCAAUGGUCACAGGUGUAACGCUUGGUUCAAUUUUUCUUAUGCUUGGAGUCAUUACGCUCUAUCACAAGUAUAGCUCAAACAAAUUAGAAAGAGAAAAUCAAAUGAAGAUUGAAAAAUUCUUGGAAGAUUACAUAGCCCUCAAGCCGUCAAGAUAUUCUUAUGUUGAUGUUAAGAAAAUUACCAAUCAAUUUAAGGAUAAAUUAGGAGAAGGGGGUUAUGGGAUUGUGUAUAAAGGAGAACUUUCUAACGAAGUUUUUGUUGCAGUCAAGAUCCUUAAAAAUUUCAAAGGAAACGGAGAAGAGUUUAUCAAUGAAGUCGAAACAAUGGGUACAAUCCACCAUGUCAAUGUGGUUCGCUUGGUUGGCUUUUGUGCUGAUGGAUUUAGGCGAGCUCUUAUUUAUGAGUACCUACCGAAUGAGUCGCUAGAAAAGUUCAUAUUUUCAACAACCUUUAAAAACUAUUCACUCAGUUGGGAAAAGCUUCAAAAUAUUGCUCUAGGUGUAGCAAAGGGAAUUGAAUAUCUUCAUCAAGGUUGUGAUCAAAGAAUCCUCCAUUUUGAUAUCAAACCCCAUAAUAUUUUGCUUGAUCACAAUUUUAAUCCAAAAAUAUCUGACUUUGGCCUAGCUAAAUUGUGUUCUAAGGAACAAAGUGCAGUUUCUAUGACUACGGCAAGGGGAACCAUGGGCUAUAUUGCUCCAGAAAUGCUAUCUAGGAAUUUUGGGAAUGUGUCCUAUAAGUCAGAUGUAUAUAGUUUUGGAAUGUUAUUACUUGAAAUGGUAGGAGGAAGGAAGAAUAUUGAUGUUACAGUCGAAAACAGUAGCCAAGCAUACUUCCCAGAAUGGAUUUAUAAUCAUUUGGAUCAAGGAGAAGAAUUGCAUAUUCGAAUUGAGGAAGAAGGAGACACUCAAAUAGCAAGGAAAUUGACAAUUGUGGGACUUUGGUGCAUUCAGUGGUAUCCUGUAGAUCGUCCUACUAUGAAACUUGUGGUUCAAAUGUUGGAAGGAGAAGGAGAAAGCUUAACCAUGCCUCCAAACCCCUUCACUUGCACCCGGUGAGAGCAAGCCUAAAAGAUCUCUUGGAUAAGAGUUCACAAUUAUUUGAGAAUUUGAAUGAAUUAAAGAAAAUAUAUCUAUGGUUUUACUAUUA